AUGGACUCAACCACUCCAACCUUGGAGACCGAACUCACAGCAACGAAUGGAAAUGAACAGGUCCUUCUUCCAGAUUGUGACAAGGAGACCCUGACCUUGGUUUUGCUGAUACUCAUCAUCUGCCUGGCCGGGCUGGCAGGAAACGCGGUGGUGCUGUGGCUGCUGGGCUUCCGCAUGCGCAGGAACGCCUUCUCCGUCUACGUCCUUCACCUGGCCGCGGCUGACUUCCUCUUCCUCUGCUUCCAGGUUGUAGAUUACCUGGAGAAACUCAUUGACUUCUUGCAUUCCACCUCCGUCUAUAUCCCUGACUUCUUCACCAUUGUGUCCACCUUUGCCUACCUUGCAGGCCUAAGCAUGAUCACUGGCAUUAGCACCGAGCGCUGCCUGUCCGUCCUGAAGCCCAUCUGGUACCGCUACCACCGCCCGAGACACACGUCAACUGUCAUGUGUGCCCUGCUCUGGGCCCUGUCCCUGCUGCUGAGUAUCCUGGAAGGGAAGUACUGUGGCUUCCUCUUUAGGAAUGGUGACUAUGGCUGGUGUCAGACAUUUGAUUUCAUCACUGCAGGGUGGCUGAUUUUUUUAUUUCUGGUUCUCUCUGGGUCCAGCCUGACCCUGCUGCUCAGGAUCUUCUGCGGCUCCAGGUGGAUGCAGCUGACCAGGCUGUAUGUCACCAUCAUGCUCACAGUGCUGGUCUUCCUCCUCUGUGGCCUGCCCUUUGGCAUUCACUGGUUCCUCUUAAUCUGGAUUCAGAAUUAUUUUUAUUUGUUCCCUUGUCAUCUUUACACGGUUUCAGUUGUCCUGUCCUGUGUCAACAGCUGUGCCAACCCCAUCAUUUACUUCCUUGUUGGCUCCUUCAGGCAGCAGUGGUGGCGGCGGAGGCAGACCCUCAAGGUGACUCUGCAGAGGGCUUUGGAGGACAUUCCUGAGAUAGAUGACAGUGAAGGCAGCCUUCCUCAGGCAUCGAUGGAAAUGUCAGGAAGCAGUGUGGUAUAG